GUUGAGAGCAACUUCAAGAGAGAGAUGCAGUGGAAAAUCAACUUGUACAGAGGCUAUCUAGCUAUUUGCCACUCAGAUGACCACCAUCUCAACCCACAACAGAUUGAGCGCUUAGUCGAGACAUGCGGUAACCAGGUUAUCAAAGAAUGGCGGCGUCUUCCACACAUUGUUUCACAUAUACAUGUGCAGUAUCUUCAGGCUGCCCAGAUGAUCAUGGAGCUACAGGAAGCUGCUCAGAUCAACCAAGGACUGCAGCCAGCAAAUAUAACACGUACCGCCAGUGUUCACGACAUGAAAGCUAUUGUGAAAACAUGGAAAAACCGCCUGCCAAUGAUAUCUGAUGACCUUUCACACUGGAGUGAUAUUUUCACUUGGAGACAGCAUCAUUACCAGUUCAUCAUCCAACAUUAUGAGAGCCAGGUCCCAGCUGAGAAU